AUGUGGUGUUUGCGGACGUUUUGCACGAUGAAUCGUAUCCUUUGCAGACACAAGGAGGUGAACCACCAGGAUUAUCAGGCUGUCAACCAAGAUCGAUGUCGGGAUGUGAUCAAGACAAGUGCCGUGUUAGAAGAGGACAUCGAUGGUGGACGGAGUCUGGAGAGAGAAGCCAGCGAAGCAAAGGAACGACUGGAGCCGAAGGAGGGCAUCAUCCGCCUAAAGCCGCCGGAGGCUGCACGUGGCUUUCCCACGAGCCGAGUUGUCACAGCGGCCUCGGAUGAGAGUGACCAGUCACCGGCUCGGGAGACAGCCAACGCGGUCGAGGAGGAUGGAUGGUCGCCACCGCCCAGACCCUCGAUGCCGGCAAUGCCAGGUCCGCCUGGCAUCUCUGGCACCGCAGAUGGUAUUGCCAGCACUCUCCCGCCUAGCAUCGUAUCCAUGGACAGCUCUCUCAUGGAAGGUUCUGACGACGUGGACGCAGAGCUACCUAGAGCAGAAUCUCCCGCUGGUCCUGUUGAGAUCCUCCCUCAAGGAAGUCGAUUUGGAGAGCCCGUGCUGAGUGUGCCUGCAGCUACUCCGCUUGUUCCCUUUGUCUUAAAGGGCCCCCCGCCGAGCUGCACCAAGGAGGACCGCGUGAAAGCGCUGAAGUAUGCAGCUGUGGUGCCACCGUCUGCGAAAAAG